AUGCCUCCUAAACGUGCCUCUACCAGGCGUUCUGGGGCCACCCCUAAGUCAGGAGGAACACUGCCGUUUUCUUCCAGUCCAGCGGGUUUGAAUCCUGUUCUGCCAAGCGUUCCUAUUAAACGCUCUUCUGAAUAUGGCUCGUUAGCAACAGCACAGAUGCCCCGCGGGAUGAGUGCUAGGCCCAGUAUGGGUCUGGCUGAAAUGGCCGAAUCUAUCGAUGUAGGAUUGAAGAACGCUCAAAACCGAGAUUUGGCAGCUGCGGGCAAAACAAGGAACACGCCUCGUAACACCCGUUCACAGAGAAAAUCAGUCUCUGCUAGUGUUUCCCCGACUCGCCGGAGGGCCAAACGUGAGCCUACUCCUGAUCAAAUGCAACUUCUUGACUCGCUACGAGAUGUCACUGUUUCACCAAACCCUGGAGACAAUGCCAGCCGGCCUGGACGAUCUACUCCGACGCCUACUCCCCCUAUCCCACACGCUCUUUCUAUAGCUUCAAGCCCUGCCCCCGGCUUUCCAAAUUACCCAUAUUUACCAACAAACGAGCCCCUAUAUCCCUCUCCACUUCAGCGACUUGGAUCCCCAACCCAGCGUAACCUUCCGCUAGGAAGUUCGCCCCAGCAGAAUUUAAAUUCUGUCGAUAAUGAAUCAGUUAUCUCAUGGGGCGUUGAACGCGAUAUCCACGAAGAUGAUCUACAACGAACACGGUCGAAUAGAUUCUUCGAGGAGGAACAGCGAAAGAACAUCACCAAGCCCCCACUUCGACCUUCGGGCUUUGCUUUCGCCCAUGAGACUAUUGAGGAGGAGGAAGAGCCUGAUUCUCGGUUAUCUAUAAGAAACCCACCUUCGCCUUCACCAUCACCAAAGCCAAGUCCAAGACCCCAGUCCCAGCCAGCGCCUCAACCUCAAGUUCAGCCUCAGCCCCAGCCUCAGCCUGAACCUGAACCUGAGCCUGAGCCUGAGCCUGAGCCUGACCGCGAUCUCGAACCCGAAUCAGUGCUUCAAAUAGAGCCACAACCGGAUCAUCAAGCAGAACCCCAAUCUUCAACAGCCCCCGCAAAGACGAUUAUUCCUCAGAGUAGUUUCCAUGAGACCUCAUUCCGCGAUUCGUUCCGUGAAUCACUCUCUGCUUUAUCAGAGCAGUCAGUGGAAAUAGGAGCUCGAUCAUUAUCAAAUAUCUCUUCCUUUUCGUUCCGAAAAGGCCCAGCUGCCAGAACAGUCAUAAUGGUGGUUUUCACAGCGUUGUCUCUUUUUACCGCCUAUUUCUUCAGUGACCACAUAUCCAGUAUUGCCCAUGAUAUUGGUUCCUCUCUUCCCUUCGGUCGGCCCACGCCUUAUAUCCCCUUGGACUCUACUGGUCUAGAAGCUGUCAAUAGCCUUACUAGGCAAGUGUCGAAACUAGGCUCACAAGUUUCAUCCUUGUCUAAGGAAGUGGAUCUGGUUAGAUCAGAUGUUGAUAACAUGCCUAUUCCAACUAUGGAAGUUCAGCCGAUCCCCGUUCGCAAGCAAACACCUAGGAUCAACUUUCUUACAAGAGGGAUGGGAGUCUUAAUCGACCCCAAGACAACCAAUCCAACAGUCGGCAAACAGAUGAAAUUCUACCAGGCGGCCUAUCUAAAGCUGUUCGGCUCUCAGAAUCAUGGCCCACAGCCACCUCUUGCGGCUUUGACAAGCUGGGAAGAUGUUGGUGAUUGCUGGUGCAGCGCUCCACGAAAUGGCGAGUCGCAGCUCGGCAUACUUUUAGGGACCAAUAUCGUGCCAGAAGAGGUGGUUGUUGAACAUAUACCGAAAGGAGCAACGCCAAACCCACAACUUGCGCCCCGGGAUAUGGAGCUGUGGGCGCGAUUCAAAAUCAUUAAAGAUGAACCCACUACCGCCGACCAACCAGUCGCCUCAGACUCAGACUCGUGGUUAUCUUAUUUUUCUUCGCCUGAACCUAAGGAAUCAUCCGAAAUGGAUAAGCUUUCUGCGCCCCCUGGUCAGCUUUCACUGCAUGAGGCAAUCAUGAGCGUCGUCGGGCAAGCUUAUAAAAAUGAGCCGGAAAGUGCGUAUUCAGAUGAUCCUCUCCUCGGAGACUCCUUCUACCGCGUUGGACGGUGGACAUACAACUUGCACGGCGAGAAUAAUGUGCAGGAAUUCAGCUUGAACGCCAUCAUUGAUCAACCCGACAUCCGAGUGGACAAGGUGGUUUUCCGUGUCAAAAACAACUGGGGUGCUAACAAUACAUGUCUCUAUCGACUGAAGUUGCAUGGCCAUGCAUAG